UAUUUAUAAAAGAGCGUGCGGUGAAUUACACGUACAUGGAUAUUAGUUAUGAAUUUUUUAAUAUCAACGCUAGUACUUCACGCGAUGUUGAAUAGCAAUAUGUUAAAUAAGGCAACGAUUGUUCAAAUACAAGUAUUUUUGCAAACUUUGUUGAACAUACAACAACUAAAACAAAUCCUUGCAAUAAUUCAACACUUAAUACUCCACAUGUACAUUAAAGAAAUUUAAUCAUAAUGAAAUGGUUUAUAAAAAUUUUGUGGCUUAUGUACCUGAUUAUCAACAAUAAAAUUGACAUAGGAAAUGGUCUAGUACCUCCAUAUUCUUUAGAAAUUCAAAAGCAAAUGGGAGAGACACUUGAGUCAUGUUUCUCUGAUCGUCUUAAUACUGUCAUUACAACAGCAGACUUGAUUGAUGUAUACCAGCAAGCAUCAUGGCACUCGAUUAAUUUAAACGUGAUUAUAAUUGACGAUAACUAUAAAUCAAAUAAUACACUACUAUUUCCUAAUUCAUUACCAAGCUACAUAUUGCCAGCGAAUUCAGUUCAAAAACUUGAAGCUACUCUACACAAAUUAAAGUCCUUGCCGUCGUGGAAUAUCGCGUCACUAUUUUUAAUCAUCAGCAGUAGUGACAACAAGAACUGUGAUGACGAUGCGUCAUCAAAAGUGCUGGAAUUGCUAUGGGAAAUGGAUUUACUGUCAUCAUUUUACAUUUGUCCUGAUCAGCCUACUGCUGGAAAUGACGACACAAAGCUCAUAUUGAUAUAUACUUACAAUCCAUUUACAAAUUACGCACCCUAUCCGUGGCAAGAAGUAUUCCCUUUGGUUGAUAAACCUAAUGAGCGAUGGACGCUCUUUAAGCAGCCAUAUCUCAAAGAAAAAAUAACAUGCCCCAAUGUUACCUUCGAUAAAACGAAAUUUCUCAAUGGCCAUCCUAUAACUGUCAUAGGUAACCCUAUUCUGAAGUCAAACUUUACUUCUAAUAAAAUCUACAACGUCACCAGUUUACAAGAUAAAUUUCCCUACGGAUACGCAAUAUUUUUUCGUACAUUAUUCACUUAUCUAAAUGUAACUCCGUUAAUUAAUUACGAGCACUACAGUCUUUACGCUAAAAAUCCAACCGACGGUUUUGUUUCCGUUUUCGUUAAUACUUCCCACGAUCUCGGUAUGAAUAAACGAUUUCUUAGUGACUCUUUCGAUCAUCGCGUUGAUGUUUUGAAUUCGUAUAUGGAAAAUGGCUUUUUAAUCCUCACGCAAAAGCGCAGCUUCAUCUCUGCUUUUGAUGAAGUUUUCAAUAGUAAUAAUUACCGAAUAAUCGUCAUAAUAUUUAUUGUAUUAUUUAUUACAUUUUUAAUCAUUACUGUUAAUAAUAAUUAUCAGUAUGGUAAAGCACUUAUAGAUAUUCUAAGACUAAUUAUUAGCACAAGUUUAAUUACUCCUUUGGAUAAAUUGUCUUUGCGUAUUAUUUUUUUAGUAAGCUUUUUAUCGGUAUUUACUUGGGUUCCUACAAUUCAAGGAAAUAUUUCAGCAUCUUUAGCUAAACCCGAAAGACGAAACGUAAAUGUGCUAAGAGAUUUACUUGAAUUAAAGUAUCAUGUUUAUUAUAAUCCAGUGUUGCAUAGUAGUAUUAUUAGUCUUGGAUUGUGGUCAAUUUCGGAUCAAAAUAAAUAUUUACAUACUAUUGAUUACUCUAAUUUCGAUUGUUACGAUAAAGUUUUAAAUGAUUCAAGUAAUGCUUGCAUUGCAUUUAGUGUUCGUCAAUUAGAUGCGGCAUUAAAAUAUAAUUUGUAUGUUUCACAUAAUUUAAGAUUCAAAUCAUAUUUUGAAUACUCGACGAGAAUUAAUUGGUCAUUGAAAAAAAAAAUUGAAAAAUAUGCUGUGAGGUUGAAACAAUUUGGAAUUCUUGAUUAUUGGGAUAACCAGGGAUUAUAUAUUCCGUUAAGAAAAAUUAAAAUGAUUGAAAAUAUUGAAACUGCAACACAGUAUAAACAAUUGGCAAUUGAUGAUCUAUUAUUUGCGUUUAUUUUUUUAGCAGGUGGUUUGUUUAUUUCGGGAAUAGCUUUUGGGAUUGAAUGGGUGGUAAAUUUUGCUUAUAGUAACUUGGGUACUCGGAAAAGACUAUUCAACUUAAGACAAAAAUUAGUUUUUGUUGAUGGCAGAAUUUUUGUUUCCAAUGAAUAUGUUUAG